CAGAAUGAGUGCUGCACCUUUGCGCAGCAGCAGCUCUUUAGUUCUGAAAGGUCUCCCUCUCAGUGCACAAAGGCAGCUGCUGAAGGAACAGCUACAGCGAGUGAACCGGUGCUGAGAGCGGUAAUAAACAAUCUCCAGCAGAGAUACCGAGACACGGAUACUCAAGGAAGCCACACAGACAAAACCCCGUGACCAUACACGGUUUUACCAGGAUUUCUGACCUUGGGCAGGACUUUUCAGGUUGAACUGAACUGGCUUGCUGUCCUGUCGUGAAAACUAUGGAGAAAUCUCCCUCUGCCAUUAGGAAGACUUCACACUUCUUGCGUAACCAGCACACCGGUAAAAAUGACUCUGACGUGGAGGAUAAUAAACCACGGAUACAAAGAACUCCUGUGAAAGACAAGUGCUGUCAGACAGAGCACCAUCACCAUGGCUGCUGUGAACCAGCCUAUGCUACGGAGCCUGGCGAUCCUCCUUUAUUACAGCACCAACUUCAAACAUCGAAAUCUGGCAUUCAGCAAAUCAUUGAGUGCUUCCGAUCAGGAACUGCACAGCUUAAGAAUAUUUUACUGAAGGAAGUGGAUACUAUUUUUGAAUGUAAACUCUGUCGAAGUCUCUUUCGAGGAUUGCCAAACCUGAUCACACAUAAGGAGUUUUAUUGCUUUCCCAGGCUAAAGUUGGACAACGACCCUUCAGCUUCAAAUGAUAAACAGAGUCAAGCCAUAAAAGAUCUUCUGGAAGCCAUAUAUCCAAGAAAGGAGAAGCAAGAAUACAUUGUAAGACUGGAACCAAUAGAGACCAAUCAGAAUGCAGUGUAUCAAUAUGCCGCUGGAAAAGAUGAUCAAGAUACAGUGAAUUACAGUUUAAAAGCUCCACACCAAGGACAUUUGGAGGAGCCUGGUUCUGAGCAGGGCCAUACUGAAGUACCACCAGGCACAGAAAUUGUAGAGCCAGUUCCUGUAGAAGACAUUAAAAAGGAGGUUAAAGUGUCUAUGGAAGACGAAGCAAUAGAGCCUCUCAUUUGUCAAGAUGAAACCUCUAACAUUGAUGCCGUAGAUCAACAGGUUGCUUGCUGCAUCUGUGGAAAAGACUUUAAUACAAGACGCAGUGUUCGUCGUCAUAUAAGGAAGGUUCACAAGAAAAAGAUGGAAGAAUUGAAAAAGAACAUAGAGACGAGGAGGGGGGGUCCAAAUCGGCUGUCUGUCAUGACGGGUCGUUCAAAGAGUGCAUUGCUUUCAUCAGGUAGAAGCUGUCCAGUUUGUCAAAAAUCAUUUGCUACCAAAGCCAAUGUUCGCAGACAUUUUGACGAAGUUCACAGAGGGUUGAGGAGGGAUUGUAUAACUCCUGACAUUGCUACAAAACCAGGUCAACCACUGUCUCUAGAAACAAACGUCUCUCCUAAGAAAUCACCUGGCUCUCUGCCGCGCAGACAUAAGUACUCUACUAGGGCGGAGUACAACCUCACUGCUCGUAAGUGUCUCCUGUGUAAGAGGAAAUACUCCUCACAGUUAAUGCUGAAAAAACACUUGCGAAUAGUCCACAAAAUGACCAAACUGGAGAGAGGUUCAAAUGGUACGGCCAACAGCACAGAAAUCAAAGUUAAAGUUGAAACCUCUGAUUUAGCAGAUCACGAUGCAGAAUCACCUGAACCAGGUGUCAGUCAGUCUCUUCCGAAUGACUCAAAGGGCACAGGUCAAGCAGCGGAUAAGAGACAUACACCUACAGCACAGAAGAGUAAGAGUAAACAAGAAAGCGACAGUCCAAAGUCAUCCAGUCCUCCUGCAGCAGGUGGCCAGCAGAAGGUCAGGAAGCCCAAACUAUCAAUGGGCUUUGACUUCAAGCAGCUGUACUGCAAACUUUGCAAGCGCCAGUUUACCUCCAAACAGAAUUUAACAAAGCACAUUGAUUUGCACACAGAUGGAAACGAGAUCUACAUCAAGUUCUACCGGUGCCCCCUCUGCUUGUACGAGACCCGUCGUAAGAGAGAUGUGAUCAGGCACAUCACUGUUGUGCACAAGAAGUCCUCGCGAUACCUAGCUAAAAUAACUGCCAACCUAGAAAGCAGAGCAGUAAAGAAGCCUGUUGAGCUGGUACUAAACAGUGUGGUUAAGCGGGGCCCCCAGAAGGACGAAGGGAAAAGCAUGAAUUCAAAGCAAGAUGGCACACCUAGCUCUCAGUCUAACAGAAAACCUGACACUGUUGAAGUAGGCACAGAAGUUAAAUUCACCAAAAACCUCUCCCUGCACACGUAUAAUAAGUGUGGAAAAGCCUUUGCCAAAAAGACAUAUCUUGAGCAGCAUAAGAAAACCCUUAGGACAAGCACGUCCAGCUCCCCUGAAGAAAGCAAAACUACAGGUCGUAGUACACGGUCAAAGGCAGUUUUCUAAUACCUCCAACUGAUGUACAGCAUGCUUGCACUGGAUUAGUAAUUGUAAAAUGUACUGGAAAUGAAAACUACUGGCAACACUGCAGAAAUUUCUACAACGAGAAGAUGACGCUGAAGAAAAAAAUGCAGGCUUAUACGUGUAUACUAAUGGUUUUCAUCACAAUAGUUUGCUAAAUUAACAUUAAAAAAUGAUGUAAUGAUUUAAGUAUUUUUUAAAGUUAAUGUGUACUUAAUUGCACUAGGCUUUGGGGUCCCACUGCUGUUUUAGGUUAAGGGUUACUGUAUGUGUAGUAAAUUCAUAAACUACAAGAUCCAUAUCCAAUUUGUUUUAAAAAUUUCUUUUAAGAGAUGCAGAAUCUCUAGCUCAGAAAAUAAGUUUCUUUUUGUUUUUGUUCCAUUUCCAAUUCAGCAGUAAAAUAAGCCUUAGUUUAAAAGUCUAUGUUAUAUAAAAUGUGUGUGCAGUAUGUACUUAGCAUGUGGUAACAGCUUUUGUUGCACAAUUAAAGAUGGCUUAAUAAUGCACGGAUGGUGAAGCCACAUGUUUAUUAUGUCAGGCCGUUGUCAUGAGUGUGGUAAAAGUUGCCACUUGCUGAACCACGUAUUAUUUCAUUGAGAAAGAAAAAUACUAAACGCAAAGGAGUCAUUUCUACUGGAGGAGGAAAGUUUUUAUUAUGAUAUCACAGUGGUGACCAAUUGCAACGUGAUAUUACAACGUGAUAACAUGAUUUAAGUGCUAUAAUGUAAUAUAGGACACACAGUGUUUGAAAUCUGCAGUGAUAUGAUUGACUAGCUGUGAGUAUUGUUCAUGCUUUUUUUGAGGAAUGUUGUUUUUGGUUUUUUUGUUCAAACUUCUUUUUGAAGAGAAUAUGUUUAAAGUUAAAAAUCUUGGAAUAAUUAAGCUGGCAGCUUUCCAAAUACGAGUACAUUCUCUGUGUACUUGUGGGUUGUCGUUUUAGGUGUGUACAUGUCUAUAUUAUGUUAUUGUACUAUACUAUAGACACACACUAUACACAGUACUCUUGUUUUGCUAUCUGUCAUGUGCUACAUUAAAUCUCAAUUCAGAAUUUAAAUGUCGUUAAUAACUGAUAGGCAACAUCAUAACAUGCUUGUCUUUGUCUUGAAUUGUACAUUAAAUAUGUAUUUUGAUAACUUGA